CACACAUUCUCAACCUUUCGCUCUUUCAACAUGCUGUCAAUGGCUAAGUGCCGCCUUCUCACCUGGGCCGCACUCUCUGCGUCAAAUGCUUUUGCACACCCUCUUUUCAAUGGCCGGCUUGUGACUCGAGCAGAUGAGCUUCUGAAAGAGUACGACUAUGUAGUUGUUGGAGGGGGCGCGUCUGGUCUGACCGUCGCGAAUCGACUGUCCGAGCAGUCCGCUGUGACCGUUCUUGUCAUCGAAGCCGGCCAAUUUGACCAAAACGAAGACUUCGUUACCAUCCCUGGUCUUGCAGGCGGAGCUGUGGGCACGAAGUACGAUUGGAACACCACAUAUGCCGCAAGCGAGUUCCUGGGUGGGCGAAAUGUAUCAGUCGCGCAAGGAAAAAUCGUUGGUGGCUCUACGAAGUUGAACCGUAUGGUCUUCGAUCGCGGUGCGAAGUCGGAUUACGAUGGCUGGGAGGCACUUGGCAACGAGGGCUGGAACUGGGAGAGCUUGCUUCCAUACUUCAAGAAGAACGAGAUCUUCUCCCCUCCCGUAGAUGAGAUCCGGGACGAGUACAACAUUACCUGGGACGAGAACGCGCAUGGCUACGAAGGUCACAUGCACUCCACGUACUCCCCGUUCAUAUGGCCCACCACAAAGAAUUUGGUUGAAGCAACAAGGAGCCUGAACAUUCCAAUCCCUCACGAUCAGGCCAACGGCAAUGCUAUUGGCGGUUAUUUCACCCCUCACAACAUGGAUCCAACCGAGUACAGACGUUCAUCUGCAGACGAGGCAUACUAUGACACCGCUGCAAAGCGGGAAAAUUUUCAUCUCAUUGCCGGCCACCAGGCGACUCGAAUCUUGACGUACACCAAUAGCACUGUCAAAGCAACGGGCGUUGAGUUUGCUGCUUCGUCAAACGCGACUGUCCAGUCCGUAAAGGCAAAGCGGGAAGUCAUCCUAGCCGCCGGAACCCUCCACACCCCGCAGCUUUUGCAAGUCUCUGGUAUCGGUGACCCUGCACUGCUCUCGAAUAUCGAUGUUCCCACUGUUGUCAAUCUUCCAGCGGUCGGACAGAGUCUGCACGACCACGUAUACGUGGCCGUGGUCAAUGCGAUCAACACUACCCUUGCACAAAGCAGCCUAUUGACAUCGAAUGCUACUUUUGCUGCCGAAGCUCGCCAUCAAUACGACAGCGAGAAGCGAGGGCCCUACACCUCCCCUACUGGCGACUUCCUCCUCUUCCUUCCCCUUUCAACAUACACUAACGAGAGCGCCACGAUCCACGCCGCUGCGCUUGCCGCCGAUGCUUCGUUAUCUCUUCCAUCUGAUGCCCCUGCGGAAGUCGCGGCUGGUUACGCAGCCUCUUAUGAGUCGCUGAACUCUAAACUCCUUGCCGAUGACGCCGCGUUUCUCGAAAUCCUCUGGUCAGACGGCGUCAUGGUGCUCGGUCUGGAGCACCCAUAUUCACGCGGCAGCGUCAAGGCAGGUUCCAAGAGCAUGUUCGAUGCGCCCAUCGCCGAUGCCGGGUUCUUGCGCAACCCGCUAGACACCGUCCUCCUCCGCGAAGCCUUGCGUUUCUCUCGUCGCCUGGUCGCCCAGCCCUCGAUUGCCGAACUGAACCCCUUCGAAGCUGUGCCUGGUGCAAAUGUCACUUCAGAUGCGGAUAUUGAUGCGUAUAUUAAGAACAGUGCGGGUACCCUCUGGCACCCUGCUGGAAGCUGCAAGUUGGGCAAGCGUGAGGACGGUGGUGUCGUGGACGCAGAAUUGAAAGUGUAUGGCAUUGAGGGGUUGAGAAUUGUGGAUGCGAGUGUGUUCCCCAUCCUUCCGGCGGCUCACACAAUGACGACUGUGUAUGCGGUCGCAGAGCGGGCGGCAGAUAUCAUGAAGCGUGUUGGUAAGGAACACUGAAGCGCUGAAGCGCUGAGCUGUUUUAAGAAGGUCCCGUAUUCUCUUCAACUGUAAAAUAUGUGCACAAAGCUCAGAAUGCAGCCAGAUUGCUGUGUUGUGGGAUUGCAAAAAAGCCAUCAAUUCGAGUGAAGUGUGCUCGUGAAAGCGCCCUCAGACCAAAAAAGCAAGAUGUACAGAUCCCAGAC